AUGAAGUUCAGAGCUGCUGCUAUGGCCGCUGAUGGAGAGAGAGUUAUACACGAAUAUGAUGAAAGGAAGUUGCGUUCCGUGCUGGCAGGUCUUAAAUCACAAGAAAAAUCAAUAAUUUCUGUCAAGGAUAAUCAGUGUUUCAUUGCAGGAGAUUGUUUAGCGGCUGAUCCAUUUAUAACUGAUUAUUCGGCUACUGAGCUGCCUGAUCCCAAGACAUGUUCUGCGCUGCAGUAUUCGCAGAGCUACAUAUAUCCAGUUUUACUGCCUGGAAUAGAAGCAAUGCUGACUGAAGCGAAAAAGGAGAGGUGCUUUCAAAGGAAAAGAACAAAAUUUAUUCCGCUUGAUUUUCUUACGCAGUGGCUGUACAACCUAAAUCCAAAAAGGAAUGGACGGCCUUCUACAGAUUUCUUUGAGAUUCCCUUUGUUCAAGAACAGAUGAGAAUUCACCCGAGGCCACCUGUCCCUCUGUCAUUACUGCUGUCUGAUGAGGAAGCAGCCGUAAUUAUACAGUCAUUCUGGAGAGGAUAUCGGGUACGCUGUGAUCCUGAAGUCCAAGAAUUACGCCAGUGGCAAAAAGAUUUACGGAUGCCCAAAGUUAUUAAGAAAAAAGUCCAAGAAUUUUGGGCCAAGAAAGAAACAAGGGGUGGAACUAAGAAAAAUAAUGGAUAGGAUAUCCGAAAAUUCACUCAUAGGAAUGCAGGGACAGCAUCAACUUACCCAACACCCACAGAUCAACCAAUUACACACAAUGGAUAAAUAACGCUCUACUCAUGCCAACAGCACUGAUGACCCUUUUUCAUGAUGAUUGAAUCACGCUAAAUAAAAAAUUAUACUGAA